CUUCAGUAUUCGCUAUGAAGCCAUUCCUUUCGCUCUUAGCCCUGUUGACUCUAGCGGUGUCCAAGGUUGACUGCGCUCUCCCCUACAUCUCAAGUCUUGACAUCAAGAACAAUGCAGACCGAGGUCUUCGACUUAUCAGCCUUUCGGACGACGAGGAACCCUCUUGGAAGACGGAGGCGGAACUCAUGGAACUCAAGAGGGUCCAUAUUCCAUUUGUUGAUGUGACCGACGUAUAUGACACCUGGAGGAGGCUUCCAAAUCGCCAGCCAAUGAACCGACUCGUCGAUGAGAAUGCUAUUCAAAUAAAGUACCCGGAACCAUCUUUCCAAAACGAACUCCAGCCUAUCUUGACCAACGUAUCCAUCCCGGCGAUGAGGGAUAACCUCGAAACCCUAACGUCUUUCAAGAACCGGUGGUAUCUAUCAGCUACUGGCCUCGAUGCUAGUCAUUGGAUCUUUAACAAAGCACAAGAGAUCGUGUAUGACUUUGACCGAGACGACGUCGUUGUCUCUCUCUAUAACCACACGUUCCCCCAACCAUCUAUCAUCGCCAGGAUCCCGGGAGAGGAAGAUGGUCCUUUGACCAUCCUCGGGUGCCACAUGGACAGUGUGAACCUGAACGACCCAUUGAAUGGAACCGCGCCUGGUGCCGAUGACGACGGCUCUGGUGUGGUCAACGUUUUGGAGGUACUGCGUUCACUUCUCGCUGCCGGCUUCCAACCAGCUACGCCCGUGGAAUUCCAUUGGUAUGCUGCCGAGGAAGCUGGACUUCGCGGUUCUGCAGCAAUCGCGACAGACUACAAGCAGCGAGGCGUUGAAGUGCAAGGAUUCAUGCAGUUAGACAUGACGGGGUACUACAAACCUGGCACAGAUGAAGUAAUCGCUCUUCUUCCUGACUACGUCGACGAGAAUUUGAAUGACUUCGUCAAGUCUCUCGUCGAAGAGUACAACCGAAUUCCCUGGGUGAUGGAGGAGCCUUGCCAUUACGGCUGCUCAGACCACUUCAGCUGGGAUAAGGUUGGUUACCCAGCCACUUUCCCAUUUGAAGCGGUUACUGGAGAUUAUAACCCUGAAAUGCAUACAACGGAAGAUACCACUUUGCUUGACGGGUUCUCUUGGGAACAUUCGCUGGAGUUCGCUAAACUUGGCGUCGCAUUUAUCUACGAACUUGCUGCUUCUUCUGACUGGCGUCAAUAA